AUGAUCGGUCUCAGAGUCCCACCCACCUUCAAUUUUCAGCUGAAUGAAUUCCACCUUCUCCCAACAAACACCCCCCACCUUAGAGCCCAUGACCAACAUACUCAACAAACAACAACCACUACUGGCACUAAGCAACUAGCGGGCGGGAAAUACAAGGAUGUCAACUCCUUAUGCCAAGCAAACCGGCUACUUUAUAAUGCUCUCAAUCAGGACUUAUAUCGGAAUAAUGCUCGCUGUUUCGGAUCCUCAGCAUUGAUAUGGGCUGCUCGGAAUGGAAAUUCGGCUACAGUCGAAAGGUUUUUCAAGACAGUGGGAAGAAAGGAACCGAACGAUUUUGACGAUGCAUUCGACGAUGCAUUCUUCCAGGCCUUACAACAUGGACAUGAAGGCGUGGUUGAGAUUCUACUCGAAAAUAGCGACAUCGAUGUGAAUGCGAGAUUAGAUACAGGUGAAACGCCAAUAUUUACCGCCGCAGCGUUUGGGCAUACGGCACUAGUGAAGAUGCUCCUCAACAUUGAAAAGGUGGACAUCGAGGCGAACCACUUUCUACAUGGAACACCGCUGUGUGUGGCUGGGUACGUUGAAGUAGUGAAGCUUCUGCUCGCCACUGGGCGUGUCAAUACAGAGGCAACGAACAUUUCUGGGGAGACGCCGCUUUACUCUGCCGCAGAAAAUGGUAAAGAAGAGAUGGUAGAAUUAUUCCUUGAGAGGGGCUUGGAUUUGGGAGCAGAAUAUUGCGAAGGCGAGACACUUGGCCAGGCUCUGGUAGACAUUGCAAGAAAGAGAGGGCAUGAAGGGGUCAUGAAGCUCGUACAGGGCGCGCUUCCCCCGGAGCUAGUCUUGAUGGUCGCCGAAGCACUGGGCACGUUGAAUCACAUCAAUUCUCUGUGUUGCACUAACAAAAAACUCUAUACAAUACUUGUUCCGUUCAUCUAUAGAACCGACCUGUCUGCGUUGCGCUGGGCCUGUAGAACGGGUAUCAAGAAUACAGCUCUACUGGCAAUAGAGGCAGGGGCUGAUGUGGAAUUGAAGGACCCCCGUAGUCGAGACCCAUUGUCCUGGGCCGCGGCAAAUGGCCAUCAGGCAAUCGUGGAAUUGUUACUUGAUAGGGGAGCCAAGGUGGACUCACUAGACUGUAGAAGGCGAACGCCCUUAUAUUGGGCCGCAGCAAACGGCCAUACGGCAAUAGUACUGUUUUUACUUCAGAUGGAGGCGAAAGCCGACUCGAGGGACUCCAGUGGUCGAACACCGUUGUCUUGGGCCGCAGCAAACGGUCAUCAAGAAGCCGCGGAGCUAUUACUGGAGCGAGGAGCGAAAGCCGACUUGGCGGACUCUAGAGGCCGAACAGCAUUAUACUGGGCCGCGGCAAAAGGCCAUCAGGCAGUCGUGGAGUUGUUACUUACCGAGGGAGUCGAGGUGGACUUAAGAGACUCGAGAGGUCGAACACCGUUAUAUUGGGCCGCAGCAAACGGCCGUGAGGCAGUGGUGAAGCUCCUCCUGGACAAGGGAGUCGAUGUGGACUUGUCGGACGACAGAAAUAGAACCGCAUUUUAUGGGGCCGCGUCAAACGGUUAUGAGAAAAUCGUGCCUCUGUUACUUGAGAGGACCGCGAAAGCGGACUUGAAGGACUCCAGUGGCCGAACGCCGUUGUCUCGGGCCGCGGCAAAUGGCCACAAAGAAGUCGUGGAGCUGUUACUUAACAGGGGAGUAGAGAUGGACUCCAUGGACUCUCAUGGCCGCACUCCACUGUUUUUCGCCUCUAUACGUGGCCACAAGGCAGUGGUGCAUCUAUUACUCGAGAACAGCGCGAAAGCGGACUCAAUGGACUAUGAUGGUCGAACGCCGCUAUCUUGGGCCGCAGCAAACGGUCACACAGAAGUCGCGGAGCUGUUACUCAACAAGACGGAGAAAGUGGACUCUAUGGACUUCGAUAUUCAAACCUCGAUGUAUUGGGCUAUAGCGACUGAUAACAUGGUAGUAGUCAAGCUCUUACUGGAGAAGGGGUUCGAGGCAGAUGCAAAGGAUUCCAAUGGCCACUCGCCAUUAUUUUGGUCCGCAGAGUUCGGUCAUCCGGAAAUUAUGGAGUUACUCCUUGGGAAGGGAGUAGAGGCCGACGCGACGGACGCGGACGGUCGAACGCCGUUGUCUUCGGCUGCUGCGAACGGUCGCAAAGUAGCGUGA